UGCACCAAAACAUGAGAAUCCACUACUAUAGCACUAUAGUAGUACACAAUAUUCUAUAUUCCGUUUUAGCAGGUUCGGUAUUGCCAAGAUCAAUAUCUAAGAAUUGUCGGGAUAUGCGCCCAUUAUUGAACAUUAUUUUGCAGCUUUCUACUUUUUUAUUGGAGAGAGAAAAUUGUCUUUUCGUAGAAAGUUCGCAACUAAGAUAUGAAUCGGAAUAAAAUGCAUGGUAUUUAUUUUCUGGCAGGAUUUAGAGCCAGAUCCCCCUUCUCCCUUAUAUACGUUUUAGCGUACAAAAACCUUUUGUCCAUAGAAUUCAAAUACAAAAUAAAUGAGACCUGCACUAUUGUUUGGGCGACGAGAAGCGAACGUUAAAAAGAUACGAAGCCGUCAAGAAAAAAAAAGUAAAGGUAGAUGAUUCUAGUUUACUAGUAUGGUCCAUUGCGUGUAAAUACAUGUAAUAUCAACUUUAAUCCAUUAUUCCAAGAGUUGCUUAAUUGUCCUCCAUUAGUGCGAUCAUAAAUAAAACGACCUGUAAAUGCUGGGCCCAUUCAUUAAUCGGAUUUUUUCGCUUUGCGCUUUUACAUGGAUCGAGUGAGCGUUAUUUACAAAUGUAUGGAAUAUACGCUCCAUCAUUCAUCUUAUCGCUAUUAGAACUGCCUGUCAUGUAUUCUGUUUUACUUUGUACAGAUUCAUGCUACUCUAAGAACAGGCCUCUGCAACGACACCUGUAGUCCUUCAGGCGCUCGAGAUGCUAAAAGGCGCUGACGAAGUCGUAGGACGAAUGGCUCGACUGGGCGGCUUAGGUGGCGGACUCACCAUUCUCCUGCCCAUUUUCCUCUGUAUCGGUUUUUUUGCGUUUAUUAUCCCGUUUUUUGCUAUUCUGUUUCUCGGUGCUGGUGGCGGUCAGGGAUGGGGAGGUGCAGCAGGAUUGUAUCCAGCUGGACGGAAGGUCGCCGAUAUGUUCGUGCCGGGUUUGCCACUGACGAAUGAACAGCUAGUGCAAGCAAUGACAUUCCUUGAUAAAGCUUUCAUCGAAUUUGGUUCAAAGGUGCUUACAUCUUCGCUGAAGCCUGCUAGCAGCGCUAAAGCCCGCGGUACUAUGAAGAAGAAGUCUGGUAAUAUCCAGCCGAAGUUUGCUGAUAACAGCUUGCAGGGCUUUGAUCGGGGGCAAGUAUCACCCCCAGCACAUUAUUCCACGACGACUUCGUCAACCUCUACAGGAGGGAAUCCCAACCAGAGUAAGGUAGCGGGAAAGUCGCUGUAACAGCUCCUCGACUGUUGAUCGUACCAGAAGGAACUACCUAACGCGGAUUAGAGGCAGCUAUACAUAAAAAGAAAAUACGGCAAACGCCUCUUUACGUCUGAAUAGAAAAAAGUGGCUUACUCAACAAACAGUCGACCGGAUGACAGCAGCAUAAAAACAGCCGACAGAGAAGUAAAUGCUUGGAAACAGUACACAAGAGAGCAUAGGCUGAAAAGUUCUUAGCCAUGUUUGCCCAAAAAAGAAUAAAGGCUACAACUAUAUCAACAAAUAGGUGUGG